CCAGCAUGGACGUCAAGGAGAGGAAGCCCUACCGCUCGCUGACCAGGCGCCGAGAUGCCGCCGAGCGCCGCCACACGGGCUCGUCAGCUGACAGCGAGGAGGGCAAGGCCCCGCACAAGUCCUACAGCUCCAGCGAGACGCUCAAGGCCUACGACCAGGACGCACGUCUGGCCUACGGCGGCGGCGGGCGUGUGCCCGAGUUGGUGCCACAUGAGGCCGAGUUUGGCCGUGCAGGAGCCAACUUCAGCCUGCGGGAGCUGGGGCUGGGCGAGGUGACGCCCCCCCACGGGAGCCUAUACAGAACCGACGUGGGCCUCCCCCACUGCGGCUAUGCCCUGGGCGCCAGCCCCGACGCCGAGCUGUCCCCCGAGCACCCUGCCCGCCUGUGGGGCCGCAGCAUGCGGUCGGGACGCAGCUCCUGCCUGUCCAGCCGGGCCAACUCCAACCUCACGCUGACCGACACGGAGCACGAGAACACGGAGACCGGUGCGCCCUUGCAGGGUUCCUCCGCGUCGUCCACCCCCGUCGAGCCGUCCCCCUCCCCGCCCCCCUCCCCGCCGGCCAAUGAGAGCCGGAGGCGGUUGCUAGGCAGCGCCGUGGCCCCGCCCGCCGCGGACUCGGACUCUGAGGACGAGUUUGUCCCUAAUUCAUUCUUAGUUCCAAGUGGCUCCGCCAGCCCCGGGGGCGCGGCGAACGAUCACCCCGGCGGCCUACAGAACCACCCCCGGCUCCGGACACCGCCUCUCCCGCACGCGCACACCCCCAGCCAGCACCACGCAGCCUCCGUCAGCUCCCUGAACCGGGGCAACUUCACGCCCAGGAGCAACCCCAGCCCAGCACCCACUGACCACUCGCUGUCCGCAGAGCCCCCCGCCAGCGCCGUGCAGGAGCCGGCCCACGCCCAGGACAACUGGCUACUCAACAGUAACAUCCCCCUGGAGACCAGGCAUUUCCUCUUCAAGCCGGGGGGCACCUCGCCACUCUUCUGUACCACGUCGCCCGGGUACCCCCUGACCUCCAGCACCGUGUAUUCCCCCCCGCCCCGGCCCCUGCCCCGCAGCACCUUCUCGCGGCCGGCCUUCAGCCUCAAGAAGCCAUCCAAGUACUGCAACUGGAAGUGCGCGGCCCUGAGCGCCAUUGUCAUCUCAGCCAGCCUGCUCGUCCUGCUGGCCUACUUCGUGGCCAUGCACCUGCUUGCCCUGAACUGGCACCUGCAGCCGAUGGAGGGGCAGAUGUAUGAGAUCACGGAGGACACAGCCAGCAGUUGGCCUGUGCCAACGGACGUUUCCCUGUAUCCCUCAGGGGGCACUGGCUUAGAGAGCCCUGACAGGCCAGGCAAAGGAACGGCAGAAGGAAAGCCCAGUAGUUUUUUUCCAGAGGACAGUUUUAUAGACUCCGGAGAGAUCGACGUGGGGAGACGGGCUUCCCAGAAGAUUCCUCCCGGCACCUUCUGGAGAUCUCAGGUCUUCAUCGACCACCCCGUGCACCUGAAAUUCAACGUGUCUCUAGGAAAGGCUGCUCUCGUCGGCAUAUAUGGCCGGAAGGGCCUCCCUCCCUCACAUACACAGUUUGACUUUGUGGAACUGCUGGACGGAAGGAGACUGCUGAGCCCAGAGGCCCGAAGCCUGGAGGGGCCCCAGCGCCAGUCCCGGGGAGUCACGCCCCCUUCGAGCCACGAGACCGGCUUUAUCCAGUAUUUAGAUUCGGGGACCUGGCACCUGGCAUUUUACAAUGAUGGGAAGGAGUCUGAAGUGGUUUCCUUUCUCACCACCGCCAUCGAGUCAGUGGACAACUGCCCCAGCAACUGCUACGGCAAUGGCGACUGCAUCUCCGGGACCUGUCACUGCUUCCUCGGCUUCCUGGGCCCUGACUGUGGCAGAGCCUCCUGCCCCGUGCUCUGCAGUGGAAACGGCCAGUACGUAAAGGGCCGGUGUCUGUGCCACAGUGGCUGGAAGGGUGCCGAGUGUGACGUGCCCACCAGCCAGUGCAUCGACGUGGCCUGCAGCCACCACGGCACCUGCAUCGUGGGGACCUGCAUCUGCAACCCGGGCUACAAGGGCGAGAGCUGCGAGGAAGUGGACUGCAUGGACCCCACAUGCUCAGGCCGCGGUGUCUGCGUGCGAGGCGAGUGCCACUGCUCCGUGGGCUGGGGAGGCGCCAACUGCGAGACCCCCAGAGCCACGUGCCUGGACCAGUGCUCAGGCCACGGAACCUUCCUCCCAGACACGGGGCUGUGCAGCUGCGACCCCAGCUGGACCGGCCAUGACUGUUCCAUCGAGAUCUGUGCUGCCGACUGUGGGGGCCACGGCGUCUGCGUGGGGGGCACCUGCCGCUGUGAAGACGGCUGGAUGGGGGCGGCCUGUGACCAACGGGCCUGUCACCCGCGCUGCGCUGAGCACGGAACAUGCCGGGACGGCAAGUGUGAGUGCAGCCCAGGCUGGAACGGCGAGCACUGCACCAUCGAGGGCUGUCCUGGCUUGUGCAACGGGAACGGCCGGUGUACCUUGGACCUGAACGGGUGGCACUGCGUCUGCCAGCUGGGCUGGCGAGGAGCUGGCUGUGACACGUCCAUGGAGACAGCCUGUGGUGACAGCAAAGACAACGAUGGAGAUGGCUUGACGGACUGCUUGGACCCAGACUGCUGCCUGCAGCCCCUCUGCCACACCAGUCCACUGUGCCUCGGUUCCCCCGACCCGCUGGACAUCAUCCAGGAGAGCCAGGCCCCCGCGUCGCAGCAGAGCCUGUAUCCCUUCUACAACCGCAUCAGGUUCCUGGUGGGCAGGGACAGCACGCACGUCACCCCUGAGGAGAACCCCUUCGACGGAGGGCACGCAUGUGUCAUUCGCGGUCAAGUGAUGACCUCGGACGGGACGCCGCUGGUGGGGGUCAACAUCAGCUUCGUCAAUAACCCCCUCUUCGGAUACACCAUCAGCCGGCAGGAUGGCAGCUUCGACCUGGUCACCAACGGCGGCAUCUCCAUCAGCCUGCGCUUCGAGCGGGCGCCCUUCCUCACCCAGGAGCACACGCUCUGGCUGCCGUGGGACCGCUUCUUCGUCAUGGAGACCAUCGUCAUGCGGCACGAGGAGAACGACAUUCCCAGCUGCGACCUGAGCAACUUCGCCCGCCCCAACCCCAUCGUGGCCCCGUCCCCCCUGACGUCCUUCGCCAGCUCCUGUGCAGAGAAAGGCCCCAUUGUUCCGGAAAUCCAGGCACUGCAGGAGGAAAUCGCCAUUUCUGGCUGCAAGAUGAAGCUGAGCUACCUCAGCAGCCGCACCCCGGGCUACAAAUCCGUCCUGAGGAUCAGCCUCACACACACCACGAUCCCCUUUAACCUGAUGAAGGUGCACCUGAUGGUGGCGGUAGAGGGCCGGCUCUUCCGGAAGUGGUUCGCUGCUGCGCCAGAUCUGUCUUACUACUUCAUCUGGGACAAGACAGACGUCUACAACCAGAAGGUGUUCGGGCUCUCGGAGGCCUUCGUUUCCGUGGGUUAUGAGUAUGAAUCCUGCCCAGACCUGAUCCUGUGGGAGAAGAGGACAGCCGUGCUUCAGGGCUACGAGCUCGAUGCUUCCCGGCUCGGGGGCUGGAGCCUGGACAAGCAUCACGCCCUCAACAUCCAGAGCGGCAUCCUGCACAAAGGCAACGGGGAGAACCAGUUUGUGUCCCAGCAGCCCCCCGUCAUCGGGAGCACCAUGGGCAACGGGCGCCGCAGAAGCAUCUCCUGCCCCAGCUGCAACGGUCUGGCUGACGGGAACAAGCUGCUGGCCCCCGUGGCCCUGACCUGCGGCUCCGACGGCAGCCUCUACGUCGGCGAUUUCAACUACAUCCGGAGGAUCUUCCCCUCGGGGAACGUCACCAACAUCCUGGAGCUGAGAAAUAAAGAUUUCAGACAUAGUCACAGCCCAGCGCACAAGUACUACUUGACUACUGACCCCAUGAGCGGGGCCGUCUUCCUCUCUGACACCAAUAGCCGACGGGUCUUCAAGAUCAAGUCCACAGUGGUGGUGAAGGAUCUCGUCAAGAACGCCGAGGUGGUGGCGGGGACAGGGGACCAGUGCCUGCCCUUCGAUGACACCCGCUGUGGGGACGGCGGCAAAGCCACUGAAGCCACACUCACCAAUCCCAGGGGCAUCACAGUGGACAAGUCUGGACUCAUCUACUUCGUGGAUGGCACCAUGAUCCGCCGCAUUGAUCAGAAUGGGAUCAUCUCCACCCUGCUGGGCUCCAAUGACCUCACCUCGGCGCGGCCCCUCAGCUGUGACUCAGUCAUGGACAUUUCUCAGGUUCGCCUGGAGUGGCCCACAGACCUAGCCAUCAGUCCCAUGGACAACUCCCUCUACGUCCUCGACAACAACGUGGUCCUGCAAAUCUCUGAAAACCACCAGGUGCGCAUCGUGGCUGGGAGGCCCAUGCACUGCCAGGUUCCCGGCAUCGACCACUUCUUGCUGAGCAAGGUGGCCAUCCACGCCACCCUGGAGUCAGCCACUGCAGUGGCUGUCUCUCACAAUGGGGUCCUGUACAUUGCCGAGACUGAUGAGAAGAAGAUCAACCGCAUCCGGCAGGUCACCACUAACGGGGAGAUCUCGCUGGUGGCCGGGGCUCCGAGUGGCUGUGACUGUAAGAAUGACGCCAACUGUGACUGUUUCUCUGGAGACGAUGGUUAUGCCAAGGACGCGAAGCUCAACACCCCAUCCUCCCUGGCUGUGUGUGCUGAUGGUGAGCUGUAUGUGGCAGACCUUGGGAAUAUCCGAAUCCGGUUUAUCAGGAAGAACAAGCCUUUCCUCAACACCCAGAAUAUGUAUGAGCUGUCUUCACCCAUCGACCAGGAGCUUUACCUGUUUGAUACCAAUGGCAGGCACCUCUAUACCCAAAGCCUGCCCACAGGUGAUUACCUGUACAACUUCACCUACACCGGCGAGGGUGACGUCACACUCAUCACCGACAACAACGGCAACAUGGUGAACAUCCGGCGAGACUCCACCGGCAUGCCCCUCUGGCUCGUGGUCCCAGACGGCCAGGUGUACUGGGUGACCAUGGGCACCAACAGUGCACUCAGGAGUGUGACCACACAAGGACACGAGUUGGCCAUGAUGACCUACCAUGGCAACUCAGGUCUUCUGGCAGCCAAAAGCAAUGAAAAUGGGUGGACGACGUUUUAUGAGUAUGACAGCUUCGGCCGCCUGACCAAUGUGACCUUCCCUACUGGCCAGGUGAGCAGUUUCCGAAGCGACACGGACAGCUCCGUGCAUGUCCAGGUAGAAACGUCCAGCAAGGAUGACGUCACCAUCACCACCAACCUGUCCGCCUCGGGAGCCUUCUAUGCUUUGGUGCAAGACCAGGUCCGCAACAGCUACUACAUUGGCGCCGACGGCUCCCUGAGGCUGCUGCUGGCCAACGGCAUGGAGGUGGCGCUGCAGACCGAGCCCCACCUGCUGGCCGGCACGGUCAACCCCACCGUGGGCAAGAGGAACGUCACGCUGCCCAUCGACAACGGCCUCAACCUGGUGGAGUGGCGGCAGCGCAAGGAGCAGGCGCGGGGCCAGGUCACCGUCUUCGGGCGCCGGCUGCGGGUUCACAACCGGAACCUCCUGUCCCUGGACUUUGACCGCGUGACCCGCACGGAGAAGAUCUACGACGACCACCGCAAGUUCACCCUCCGGAUCCUGUACGACCCGGCGGGCCGGCCCAGCCUCUGGUCCCCCAGCAGCCGGCUGAAUGGCGUCAAUGUCACCUACUCCCCGGGCGGCCACAUUGCAGGUAUCCAGCGGGGCAUCAUGUCGGAGAGAAUGGAGUACGACCAGGCCGGCCGCAUCACCUCCAAGAUCUUCGCCGAUGGGAAGAUAUGGAGCUACACAUACCUAGAGAAGUCCAUGGUGCUCCUCCUGCACAGCCAGCGGCAGUACAUCUUUGAGUUCGACAAGAACGACCGCCUCUCGUCCGUGACCAUGCCCAACGUGGCCCGGCAGACGCUGGAGACCAUCCGCUCCGUGGGCUACUACCGGAACAUCUACCGGCCGCCCGAGGGCAACGCCUCUGUCAUCCAGGACUACAGCGAGGACGGGCGCCUCCUGCACACCGCCUACCUGGGCACCGGCCGCAGCGUGCGCUACAGGUAUGGGAAGCUGGCCAAGCUGGCCGAGCUACUGUACGACACCACCAAGGUGAGCUUCACCUACGACGAGACGGCGGGCAUGCUCAAGACCGUCAACCUGCAGAACGAGGGCUUCACCUGCACCAUCCGCUACCGGCAGAUCGGGCCCCUCAUCGACCGGCAGAUCUUCCGCUUCACCGAGGAGGGCAUGGUCAACGCCCGCUUCGACUACAACUACGACAACAGCUUCCGGGUGACCAGCAUGCAGGCCGUCAUCAACGAGACCCCGCUGCCCAUCGACCUGUACCGCUACGACGACGUGUCGGGCAAGACGGAGCAGUUCGGCAAGUUCGGCGUCAUCUACUACGACAUCAACCAGAUCAUCACCACGGCGGUGAUGACACACACCAAGCACUUCGACGCCUACGGCCGCAUGAAGGAGGUGCAGUACGAGAUCUUCCGCUCGCUCAUGUACUGGAUGACCGUCCAGUACGACAACAUGGGGCGCGUGGUGAAGAAGGAGCUGAAGGUGGGGCCCUACGCCAACACCUCGCGCUACGCCUACGAGUACGACGCGGACGGGCAGCUGCAGACCGUCUCCAUCAACGACAAGCCCCUGUGGCGCUACAGCUACGACCUCAACGGGAACCUGCACCUGCUCAACCCCGGCAACAGCGUGCGCCUCACCCCGCUGCGCUAUGACCUGCGCGACCGCAUCACGCGGCUGGGCGACGUGCAGUACAAGGUGGACGAGGACGGCUUCCUGCGGCAGCGCGGCGGCGACGUCUUCCAGUACAGCUCGGCCGGCCUGCUGGUGCGCGCCUACAACCGCGCGGGUGGCUGGAGCGUCAGGUACCGCUACGACGGCCUGGGCCGCCGCGUGUCCAGCAAGAGCAGCCACGGCCACCACCUGCAGUUCUUCUACGCCGACCUGAGCAACCCCACCAGGGUCACCCACCUCUACAACCACUCCAGCUCCGAGAUCACGUCCCUCUACUACGACCUGCAGGGUCACCUGUUCGCCAUGGAGUUGAGCAGCAGUGACGAGUUCUACAUCGCCUGCGACAACAUCGGGACCCCGUUGGCCGUCUUCAGCGGCACGGGCCUGAUGAUCAAGCAGCUCCUGUACACGGCCUACGGGGAGAUCUACAUGGACACGAACCCCAACUUCCAGAUCGUCAUCGGCUACCACGGGGGCCUCUACGACCCGCUCACCAAGCUGGUGCACAUGGGCCGGAGGGACUACGACGUGCUGGCCGGACGCUGGACCAGCCCGGACCAUGGGCUGUGGCAGCGGCUCAGUACCACCAACAUUGUGCCCUUCAACCUCUACAUGUUCAAGAACAACAACCCCAUCAGCAACUCUCAGGACAUCAAGUGCUUCAUGACAGAUGUCAACAGCUGGCUGCUCACCUUCGGGUUCCAGCUGUACAACGUGAUUCCCGGCUACCCCAAGCCCGACACGGAUGCCAUGGAGCCAUCCUACGAGCUUAUCCACACUCAGAUGAAGACGCAGGAAUGGGACAACAGCAAGGCCACUCUCGGGGUGCAGUGCGAAGUGCAGAAGCAGCUGAAGGCCUUCGUGACCCUGGAGCGCUUCGACCAGCUCUACGGCUCCACCAUCCCCAGCUGCCAGCAGGCCCCCGAGACCAGGAUGUUCGCGUCGGGCGGCUCCGUCUUCGGCAAGGGCGUCAAGUUCGCCCUGAAGGACGGCCGGGUGGCCACGGACAUCAUCAGCGUGGCCAACGAGGACGGGCGCCGGGUGGCCGCCGUGCUGAACAACGCCCACUACCUGGAGAGCCUGCACUUCACCAUCGACGGCGUGGACACGCACUACUUCGUGAAGCCGGGGCCCUCGGAGGGCGACCUGGCCAUCCUGGGCCUCAGCGGGGGGCGGCGGACCCUGGAGAACGGGGUCAACGUCACCGUGUCCCAGAUCAACACCGUGCUCGGGGGCAGGACUAGACGCUACACGGACGUCCAGCUCCAGUACGGGGCCCUGCGCCUGAACACGCGCUACGGGACGACGCUGGACGAGGAGAAGGCGCGGGUGCUGGAGCUGGCACGGCAGCGGGCCCUGCGCCAGGCCUGGGCCCGCGAGCAGCAGAGACUGCGGGAGGGAGAGGAGGGCCUGCGGGCCUGGACCGAGGCGGAGCGGCAGCAGGCGCUGAGCACCGGGCGCGUGCAGGGCUACGACGGCUUCUUCGUCCUCUCGGUGGAGCAGUACCCGGAGCUGGCCGACAGCGCCAACAACAUCCACUUCAUGAGACAGAGCGAGAUGGGCAGGAGGUGACAGCGCGGUGCCCCGCCCGGGCUCCUUGCCAAAGACGGCUGCUCCAGCGGGCGGCCGCAGCUGUGCCGUCCUUUCAAAGGAAGGGGAGGA